AUGGCUGAAUCAGAAUCUCUGGAAGGAAACUCUGAUAACAGGGGAAAAAAUGUGGAGGACUUUAAAAUGGACAUGAAAGAAUUUCUGGAGGAAAUGGAAAGACUAACAGUGUGUGCAGCCAGGACAGCCUAUGACUGUGUAACCAUCCAGACCAACCCAGACCUGCCCAAUGCCGUGCAACACUUGGAAGAUGUCUUCCUGAUAUGCAGAGAGCAGAUAGAGAAGAAAUGGCAAGAGGUGCUAAUGGAAUCUAGAGGUGAAGGGCAAAAAAAGGAAUAA